CGUGUUUCCCCAUACAUUCCACCUUCAUUUCUUCCUCUCUGCGCACAUCAUCUUCUCUAGCAGCGCACCACCCAACGCUGGCAUCCUAUCUAAACGCGUCUCAAUUGCUGCGCGAUGAGACAUUGCAUACAUUAUCAUAUAUAACGGCCGUUAAUUGUAUGUCUACACGGGCUGGCGCGUCUAGCUCCCGCGCGCCGUGUUAUCCAUCCCGUCAAUUAAGAGACGAGUCGGCCGGCUGUUCUUUCAACGACGCCGCCAAUUGCGUUCUGCGACUCGGCCCUUCCUGGAUAACGCUUUGGUUCUCUUUCUUCGCUUUUGUCAUCUUUGCUUUCCGGCGCAGAACAAAGCAACUUGGGGUGGUGGCGGCUGCCUUGUCUGGACCAGCCGGGCGGUUCUUUCACCUUUUCCAGCCAUCGCGCAAACGACCUUGGUGUUACUCAAGUCGCAGUGUUGCCUCGUCUUUUGGAGCAUAAUUAUUUGAAUAUUUCCUUUCGCGCUCUCGCUCCAGAUUGCUACAGCUACUUGUUUUAUUUUCGAGCUUUACACCUAUAUCCCCAAUCUUAUUGGCAACCUGCUUCGAUAGCAGUUGAUCAUUCUCAAACUGUAUGU